AAAAAGCGUUUGACUUUCAAAUCUGUUUUUGAUGCUCAUAUGAGAACUCAUAAGGGUGAAAAGCCGUUUUCAUGUGUGAACUGUGGGAUGAGUUUUAAUCGAAAACAGAGUUUAACUCAGCACAUGAGGAUUCAUACUGGUGAAAAGCCGUUUACAUGUGUGAACUGUGGGAUGAGUUUUAAUCGAAAACAGAGUUUAACUCAGCACAUGAGGAUUCACACUGGUGAAAAGCCGUUUUCAUGUGUGACCUGUGGAAAAAGUUUUGGUUAUAAACCGGCUUUAACUCAGCACAUGAGGAUUCACACUGGUCAAAAGCCGUUUUCAUGUGUGAACUGUGGAAAAAGUUUUAGUCAAAAACCGCAUUUAACUCAGCACAUGAGGAUUCACACUGGUCAAAAGCCGUUUUCAUGUGUGACCUGUGGAAAAAGUUUUAUUCGAAAACAGGAUUUAACUCGGCACAUGAUGAUUCAUACUGGUGAAAAGCCGUUUUCAUGUGUGAACUGUGGAAAAAGUUUUAUUCGAAAACAGGAUUUAACUCAGCACAUGAUGAUUCAUACUGGUGAAAAGCCGUUUUCAUGUGUGACCUGUGGAAAAAGUUUUAGGCGUAAAUCGCCUUUAACUCAGCACAUGAUGAUUCACACUGGUGAAAAGCCGUUUUCAUGCGUGACCUGUGGAAAAAGUUUUAUUCGAAAACAGGAUUUAACUAAGCACAUGAGAAUUCACACUGGUGAAAAGCUGUUUUCAUGUGUGAAUUGUGGAAAAAGCUUUAGUCAAAAACCGGCUUUUACUCAGCACAUGAUGAUUCACACUGGUGAAAAGCCGUUUUCAUGCGUGACCUGUGGAAAGGGUUUUCGUCAAAAACAGGAAUUAACUCGUCACAUGAUUAUUCACAGUGGUGAAAAGCCGUUUUCAUGUGUGACCUGUGGAAAAAGUUUUAUUCGAAAACAGGAUUUAACUCAGCACAUGAGGAUUCACACUGGUGAAAAGCCGUUUUCAUGUGUGACCUGUUUAAAAAGUUUUAGUCAGAAACAUAGUUUAACUAAGCACAUGACGCGUCACACAGUUGAAAAGCUGUAGAAGUAUGUUCCAUAAAUGUCCUAUGUUGUAUUUGUUAAAUGUGAUCAUUUUGAUCUUCACAUUUGGAUACUUAGAGAUGUUCAACCAUGACACAUUUUCCUUCAUUGAUGUUUUAUUUUUCUGGUAUAUUCUGUAUCAAUAAACAAUAAUGAUAAACUGUA